AUGUGGUUUCUCAGUCACCUCGGAAAAGUCGAACUUGCUGGCGGUGCACUCGCCAUGGGCUUCGGUAACAUCACCGGAGUCUCAGUACUCAAAGGUCUUUCCGUUGGUAUGGACCCAAUCUGUGGUCAAGCCUUUGGAGCCAAACGCUGGACCGUACUUAGCCACACGUUUCAGAAAAUGUUAUGUCUCUUAACCGUCGUGUCUCUUCCAAUAGCCGUUGCAUGGCUCAACAUCGAACCCCUUUUCCUCAUGUUGGGUCAGGACCCGGAUAUAACCAGAGUAUCCAAAACUUACAUGCUCUUCUUCAUCCCUGAGCUACUAGCUCAAGCCAUGCUCCACCCGCUCCGAACGUUCCUCAGAACGCAAGGCUUAACGUCAGCUUUAACCAUAUCUGCAAUCGUAUCCAUCCUUCUCCAUCCUAUAUUUAGUUACGUCUUCGUUAUGCGUAUGCGUUUAGGCGUCAAAGGCGUCGCGAUCGCAAUGGCUUUCAACACUAUGAACAUCAACGUGGGACUGCUCGUUUACACGUGCGUUUCGGAUUCUCUAAUCAAACCGUGGCAAGGGCUAGCGUUUCGGUCGCUUUUCCGCGGCUGGUGGCCGCUGCUUUCUCUAGCCGCACCAAGCGCUAUCUCGGUUUGUUUGGAGUAUUGGUGGUAUGAGAUAAUGCUUUUCCUUUGUGGUCUUCUCGGGAACCCUAAAGCGAGUGUGUCGGCUAUGGGGAUAUUGAUUCAGACAACAGGGAUACUCUACGUAGUCCCAUUCGCUAUAAGCACGGCCAUUGCAACCCGUGUAGGACACGCGCUUGGUGGAGGGCAACCCACGCGAGCUCAGUGUACAACCAUCAUUGGUUUGAUACUCGCAGUAGCGUAUGGUUUAUCAGCUGCUGUGUUUGUGACCGCUCUUAGGACGGUUUGGGGAAAGAUGUUCACGGACGAACCGGAGAUUCUUGGGUUGAUUUCGUCCGCACUACCAAUCUUGGGGCUUUGCGAGAUAGGGAACUCGCCACAGACAGCUGCUUGUGGAGUUUUGACGGGCACAGCGAGGCCUAAAGAAGGGGUACGCGUUAACCUCUGCGCGUUCUACAUCGUGGGGUUGCCUGUGGCAGUCACGACCACGUUUGGGUUUAAAGUUGGGUUUUGUGGGCUAUGGUAUGGACUUUUGGCUGCGCAGAUUACAUGUCUGGUUAUGAUGCUUUGUACGGUGAUUCGUACGGACUGGACUCACCAGGUGAAGCGAGCUGAGGAACUUACCUCAUCUGCCACAGAGAGAAGUUAUUAUUCGGAAGAAGAGACCAUCCAUAUUGAAGAUGAUGAUGUUGGUAGCAAUGAUCUGGAGACUAGUUUAUUACAAUAA